AACUAAACUGCACUGAAAUUUAGGCCAAAUUCGUGGAUGCGAUCCAUACGGAUGCGAAGUUCGGAUCCAAGGGCUACGGAACCUAUGAGACAUCCGGCCAUUUGGACUUUUAUCCUAAUGGAGGAAAGGAUCCACAACCUGGAUGUAGGGCACAGAUAUUAA